AUGGAACUGCCCCCUUUGAGCGUCAUUCUAUCUUGGCCUCUACCAAACUACAACGACCCUGUCACUCGGGGCAACGCGCUUGUCAUUGCCAAUGCUAUAUUCCUGACUUUGGUGCUGAUUGUUGUGUCACUGCGUCUGUACUGCCGACUAGCAGUUCGAAUAUGGUUCGGGCCUGAUGAUCUCUUCAUUCUCGCAGCUUUGUUCUUCACUAUCUGCCUAACCGCGGUUGUCAUCCUGGCUAAUGAACACUUUGGAUGGAACAAACACAUCUGGGAUAUUCCAUUAGAGUCAUUGUCAUCGAGUCUCAAAAUUGGGUUGGUCGCUAAGAUAGCAUAUAUAUGGGCGGCGUCAUGUACAAGGCUGUCUCUGCAUUUUUUCUACUAUAGGCUUACGGGAGGCGCCAACAAGCCGUGGUUCAAAUGGCUCGUCCACGCGAAUGUUGCGUUGACCGUUUCUAUACUAAUAACCGUCACGUUUGUGUCGAUCUUCGCAUGUCACCCGGUGUCAGACUACUGGAAAAUUGGUUCGGCUCCCGGCACAUGCCUUGAUGAGGGCGCCUCGGGCUUGGGCAGCGGUAUUGUCAAUUGCAUUGCAGAUUUCACGACCUGGCUCACACCCAUACCGCUGGUGAUCGGUCUUCAAAUGCCCCUCAGACAACGAAUUAGCAUUAUCGCGCUGUUUGCUUUAGGCAUCAUUGUGACUAUAAUUGGGAUCGUUCGGACAUGGUUCAUCUACAAGGCCAUACUGACGGCAGAUAUCACCUGGCAUACCUAUCCAUUGUGGAUCGCCGCCGCCGUCGAAAUCGAUCUUGGCGUCAUAUGUGCAUCAGCUCCGGUUCUUCGUCCUCUGAUU